ACAAACGGCCGCCGCCCCCGUCGGUUUUCGCCUUCUUUCUUCUCUAGUUUCCUCUUCCUCUCCGGAAGAAAAGGGCGGCUUGCUGGCUAGCUGCCUGCCUGCCUGCCUGCCUGCCUGCCCAGCCAGCAGGUGACCGCGUGGUCGUCGCCUUCUCUCCCUCUGCCGACGCCGUCUUCGCCUCCGCUUCGGUUGCCUCUGCGGUCGUGAGGGCGGGAGGCUCCGGCUGGGGCCUCUGCCUUCUCUCAGAGGCCAAUUAUUCAUCAUGGAAUUUGGAUGCACUCUUUGACAAUUGCCGAUUGAGGAGCACAAUUGCGAGUACCUGCUUUUAGGAGUCUAAAUAUCUCGAAUUCAAAAGGAAGAACAUCAAUCUGACACCGGCACCAUCUCAGCUACCAAGAAGGCCUCGAUGUCCAAAGUUUUGGAAAGAAGUUCACUCGGUGUCACCACACCUACGAGUUCAGCUUCACCUCCAAAGUCAAAAAAGCAUGAAAAGACAGUACCGCAUUAUCUCAGAGCUUCUACAGGCUCAUGCCAUGAUCUAUGCAAGUACGGACACAAAAAUCCUUCGGAAGAGGUGCCUAGGUUUUCAGGAGGAAGAAGAAAGAAACUCCCUACUCAGCUGAAUAAUUUGACAUUGCACAGAUCAGCUAUCUUGGAUAGGUCCAAGGAUGUCAGGAAUAGGAGUCUUUCACUAGCCAAGUCGAGUAUAUCUCUGGGUGAAGCUGAACGGGUUGCACCCAAGAUAACAUCAGCAAAUCGGAAAGGUGUUACAUCCAAUGAGCAUUUGGUUCUGCAGACUGCCACAUCAUUUGAUCAUAAAAAAUUGAACUCAGAUGGCAGAAACAAGCAUUCAAUGGUUGCACAGAAGGCUCCAACAAAUCUACAGUAUUCAAAUGGAUUUCCAAAAUUUGAUCAAAAGGCAACAACGCCAGCCAAGGAGGCCACAUUUGGUGCGAAGUCGAGGUUUCCAGAGAAGACUUUGCCUGGGAAUUCCAGAAAUGUGGACAAAGUCACAACAGUUAAGCAAUCAUUGCUUAAGAGGCCAGCUUCAUCUCCUACUAAGCUCAACAUGAUUAAACAUGUGCCUGUUUCAUCUCAGGCUUCUAGUCAUCAUCUAUUUUCAAAAGAUAAAAGUACUCCGAAAGGAAAGGUUACAUCUCCACCAGCAACUAUUACUAGAGUGCGUGCAAAACCUGGACGAAGUCCUACAAGGUCAAGCAAUGCAAAUAUAAAUGGGAAGGAAGGCUUGGACAUGUCCAGAUCUGCUUCGGUUGAAAUACAAGAAGAUGAUGUUCAAGUUACAGGCUAUUAUGCCGAGUCAACACUAGCAGUACUGUCUUCAGAUGCCACAGAAUGCAUAGACAAUUCUCGACCAGCACCAGAAGAAACAAGUAAUUCCAUUUCAGAGGACGCUGGGAUGGGAAGCACAGAAAAGAGUGAAGUAUUAGCGGGCGAAACCCUCCAGGCCAGUGCCAUUGCUCUUGAGCUGCAGCAAUCAUUAGAUGGCCAGGAAUUCAAUGGUAUGCUAGGUGAAUCUGAUCCAGAACAUAAAUUAGCAGAGCAGAAUGUCGUUCAUGGUCGAGCUUCAGAGGAUAAAGACAGCCAAACAGAUGAUCCAGCUCUUUGCCAAUUAUCAGAACAAUUAACAGCUGUGGAAAAUACAGAUGUAUAUGACCCUGUAUUAACUGAAAGUAAUUCGAAAAUUGAAGAUGAUCAAGUUAAAGUCAAUGCGCCUGUGGAGUCUCUAAUCGCUGAAGGUAAGGAAGAAGUGGGAGUUCACAAAUUUUUUGAAAGAUCUCCAGAGCUAGUGGCACUUGAUGAAACACAUGCUGAGGAGCCUGAGUCUUGUUGUGAUUUUGCAUCUGGAAAUGCAGCAGAGAAUGACAAAGCUGAUGAAGUUUUUGACGGUAGGGUGAAUAACUGUACUUCUCACUGCCAAUCAAUUUCAGAAACUUCAUCAGAUGUUGGACUUGUGGAGGAACCUAAUUCCAUGCAAAUUGAACCAAGUGAUUCUGCUGUUCAUGAGUUAGCAAGUGUCAGUAAUAAAAAUACCUUUGAACAUGAUGGACCGAAAUCAAGGAUUUUUAUUCCACAAUCAUCAGAAGAACCGUCAGAUGAUGAAUUUUAUGAAGAAUAUGAUUUUGAGUUAAGUGAAUCAGAUGAAUCCUGUACAGAAGAUGAAGAGGCGACAAUCAAUGGAAGUAGGGAUGAAUCUUUAAAGGCUGGUUACCAAAGACCAAUAAGAAUCUCAGCACUUGAACUGGAUAAUGCUAGUAUCACACCUUACAAAUUGAAGUUUAAGAGGGGUAAAAUUGUUGAACUCCCACCAGACAGUUGUGGCCCAAGGAGACUGAAAUUUAGAAGAAAGGCUGCAAAUGAAGUUUCAGGUGGUGAAAGCCAACCGGUAAGAAAGAUUUACAGGAGGAACAACACCAAUAAUACUGUUCCUGCUAACCCAGAUGUGGAAUCUCCCGGUGUGAAAUUGCGACAUCAAGACACACAAGAGAAAAAAGAUGCACAAGGAUUGUUCAAUAACGUAAUCGAAGAAACUGCAAGCAAGCUAGUGGAGUCCAGGAAAAGCAAGGUAAAGGCUUUAGUUGGUGCUUUUGAAACGGUGAUCUCUCUCCAGGAUGGCAAACCCACAUCAUCCACACAACAAGCUAGUAAUUCGCAAGAUUCAGUUCAAGAUGACGAGGGAAAUGCACCUGAGGAAGCUGAAUAGAACAUGCAUGUAUUUCAAAGAUUUUCAAGUUUCCAUUCAUCGUUUGGACUCUUUUUCUUUUAAUGGCUACGGAAUUGGGCCUGAUGGUGAGGAUUUUGUAUAGCUUGUACAGUAGAUUUGUCCUGUAGAAUAACAUAACAAUGGCUGAAAAGGUUUACAGAGCAUAUAUAGUCAAUGUGUUCCAUGGAAAGAGUGCUCUGAAGUUUACUUCAUUGUAAAUCAAUUGAGACUGUAAAACCAAGUGUUCUUUUGUUUGGCUUGGAUUUCCUAAAUGCUAUAAUAGAAGAGUUGGUUUUGCUGUACCUA